AUGGUGGCAGCGACAAAUGGGCGGCCAGUAGAGCCGUCCAAACAGAAACGAAAGCCCAACGGACAGAUCGGAGGGCUAGAAUCGCCUCCUAAAUCACCUAAUGCUGCAACUAUUCUGGCAGCGCGCGCAAUCAACUGGCUUGUGCGGGGCUCACUUUGGUACAUCAUCAUCACUGCUCUCUUUCGAUGUCCUUCGUCCCUGAAUGAUCUUUCUGAUUCCACGGAACAUCAACGUAUAUGUAAACCGUACUUGACUUUACAAUCCUCCGCGGCGCCUUACAUUGAGCCAUAUUAUGAGCGAUAUGCAGCCCAGUACGUCGCUCAAGCAAGCCCUUACGUUGCAAAAGCGAAAGAACAGUUGCUUGUACCGGUAACGAAUCAUGGCAAGCAGUAUUAUGGAACGUACGCUGCCCCCAAGGUUGAUCAAGUAUGGCGAUUCACCGAAGAGAAAUGGGAGAAGGUCCUGAAGCCACAGGUCAGCACAGCUCAGACCGAGGCGAAAAAGCAGUAUGACUCAAAUGUUGCCCCUCACGUUGACAAAGUCUCAUCAGCUGCGGCUCCUUACGUGACUGAAAGCCAAGGAAAAGUAAAGGAUGUGUAUAACAAGCAUAUCCUUCCAACGUAUGGCUCUGUUCAGCCAAGACUGCAAGUCACAUACGACAAAACCCGCUCGGUCUUCGUUGAUAUCAUUAUUCCUAGGGUACAAUACGCCUGGAAUUCGACCACAUAUUUCUUCGGUCGGAUAUUAUGGCCAAAGAUCCGAAUAGUCUAUGGGCAAAAUGUCGAACCGCAGCUAGUAAGAAUUGGCGAACGGCUUGGUCGAUAUCGUGACGGCAAGAAAAUCCAAGCAGUCAUGGAUGAGAAAGAAGAAUCUCCUGCGACCUCGUCCGUAUCGUCUGUUGCCUCGGAGGCCUCUUCUUCGAUCGUAUCCGUGACAGAAACAAGCACAAUGUCAUCUGCUCCAACACUGACACCAGAUCAGGAGGCUGAACAAUUACGUGCCAAGAUCGAACGCGAUCUAAAGAGCUGGCAAGACAAGUUUGCUAAAGCUGCCGACCGAGGCAUUGAAGACUUGAGUGAGCGAGUGAGAGAAAUCACGGACCGUCAGAUUGAAAGUCAAGUGGGCGGAACCGGCAAUGCUUUGGUCAUCCAAUUGGAAGAGACUGUUGCAUCUGAAGAAGCGAGCCUGAAGAAACGGAUGAAAUCGAUAGUCAAAGCUUUGCCAGAGGAAUCCAGCGAAGAGGAUGUAUCCAGUGCGGAGGCAGAAUUGUCUAAGAUCACACGAGCUGCCGGAUUGUCCGUGAAAGAGAAGGCCCAGGCUCUUCGUAACUGGAAAGAAGGCUAUGAAAAUGAAACGCAGUCUUUGAUAUUUGCGGCAUCCUCGUCUACACUAGAAGUGAUCGAUAGCAUCCGCGAUCUGGGAUUACAAGAGAUUGGGAUGAAAUGGGCUCAUAUGGAGGGUGUCACAUACAAGGAUUGGUCCAAAUAUCAUGAAGUCAAAAAAUCAUUUGACGAAUGGCAUAAGAAGGUGAACGGCGUCGCACAAGCUCACCCAGGUGUUCAACGAUCUAGGGAAGCUGCCGAAGAACUUGAAGCGAAAGGUAUGAGCGCUGCUGAACAAGCGGCCAAGGAGCUUGCCCGUUUAAAGAAUGUCGGAAAAUGGAAAAUCCAAGCAAAAGAUGACUCCAAUGAUUUCACCACAAAGGUAAUACCAGCAGCCGCUGUUCGAGGGGCCCAAAAGGUCAUGGAGGCUGUCUCGUCUCGAAGUGACUCAAUCAUUGGGACAUCUCAAGGUGUUGCCGAAUCAGUAGCUUCCGUCGCCAGCGAAAAGGCCUCCAAUGCGCUUUCUGAUGCAUCAACUGUUGUGGUAGGAACGCCACCUGGUUACGUUGAAGAAGCGUCCUCGAAACUCUCUGAUACCGCAAGUGCAGUAUCUGAAAAGGCCAGUGAAGCAGUCAAAGGUACAGCCACAGGCAAAGCAGAGAGCGUAGCGUCUGCAGCGAAAGACCAGGCGGAAAACCUCGCAUCCGGUGCAAGUGAAGCUAUCAUUGGAACCCCUCCACCAGCCCAUGAGUCUAUUGCCACUAAGAUUUCAGAGAAAGCAGAAAGCGUAGCUUCCGCAGUAUCAGAGGCAAUUUCCGACUCGUCUAGUGAAGCGAGUACCACGGCAUCAAGCGGUCCAAAUUCCGUAAAAUCCAUUGUCUCCUCGGUAUCAAGCAAAGCAUCCAAAAAGGUUUAUGGUGGAGCUAUGGCUGCAGAAGUCAAGGAGCAAAAGCCAAUCUUGGACGAUGUUGUUGAUGAAGGAGCGUCAUACUCGGAGACAAUCCAAAGUGUGAUCGACAAUGCUGGUGACAAGUAUGCCGAUGUUACGCGAGCCGUCAGUGAAGCGAUCCUGGGAUCUACUCCAACACAAGGGACUGUGAAGAGCGCGUCUUCCAUGGCUGCCGAGGAAUACUCGAGGGCCCUUUCAGCAGCUUCGAUCGCCUUAUACGGGACUGAGCAGGGCGCAGUCGAAAGUGCGACCAGUGUAGCAGCUAAUAAAUGGGCCGACGCGGUAUCAGCGGCAUCAUCUGCAAUCUAUGGUACACCUACCCCAAUAGGACAAUCGGGCGUCGACGCAGCCUCGUCAGCCUAUUCGGAAGCGUUACGCCAUGCCAACGAGCAUUAUGAACACGCUAAAUCCAUCGUCUCGGCCCAAGUCACCGGCAAGAAAAAGCCUGUCCAUGAGCAAAUGUUUUCUUCGGUGGAUGGUGCCUACGCAGCGGCAACAUCUGCUGCCUCAAGUCGGCUCAACGCCGCUCGGAAAGCCUCAUCUACCGCCAUCUAUGGUGACUCUCAGGAGCAAAUAGCCUCGGCAGCUAAAGCCAAAUACUCCGAAGCUGUAGCGGCUGCAUCCAAAAGCUUAGAAUCUGUCAGAUCCGCUCUAGGGCCAACGCCAGAACCUGCUUACAAGAAGUCCCUCGCUGCUGCAGAAUCCCUCUACUCCAGCAUCAUCAGGGUUGCUGGUGCAGAGCAAGCUUCUGCAACCAAAGCUGCAAGUGAGGCUAUAUAUGGUCCGAGCCAGGGCGUCCUGGAAUCUAUCUCGUCUGUCGCAUCUUCGAAGCUUGCAGACAGCCUCAAUGCGGCAUCUAUACAGUAUGAUAGUGCAAAGAUCGCUGUCGGAGCAACGCCAACGCCUGCGCACCAGCAGUAUCUUCAGCAGGGACAGCAACAAUACUAUGCUGCUAUUGGUUUGGCCCACGAACGUUACUCCGACUUCGUAAAGGCUGCCUCACACGCGGCUUAUGGAACCCCAACACCAGUCCACGAGAGUCUUGCAAGCGCCGCGUCAGAGCAGAUCUAUGGCUCACCGACUCCUACCUAUCAAAGCUUACUGAACGCGGCUCAAGAGCAAUACAGCAAAGCCAGCGAGCAGGCCUCUCAGAAGCUUGACGAAGCGACGAAGUCAGCAAGCUCCGCAGUUGGCAAAAAGAGCAAAUCACCAGCUCAAAGUGUGCUCGAUUCAGCUUCUUCGCAGUACAAUGCGGCACUUUCCCAAGCUUCAGCCUCGCUAUCAUCGGCCUCAGCAGCCGCGAGUACCGCUGUCGUUGGCUCAGAGACCCCUUGGUCUGAAUCUGUAGCGAACCAAGCAUCUGUCAAUUGGGAAGCGCUAGUCUCAAAAGCUAGCGAACAGGUUUACGGCGCGCCCACACCUUUCCACGAAUCCGUCUACUCUCAAGCAGGUGAUUACGCAGCCCAAGCAACCUCAGCAGCCGGCGUCCAGUAUGAGGAUGUCAAAUCGCUCUUCUCUGAACUCGUUAGUGGCCGCGAACCCGACUUCACCGAGAGCGUUCAGUCGAGGUUGAGCUCAGCCUUCUAUGCAGGCGGUCAUGCCAAUGUGGCAGCCUCAGCCUCUAGUUACGCGAGUGACGCCUACGCAUCUGCCUCGUCAGUUGUGUCUGGUGUAUUCACGCCCCCCGCAACGCUUGAGGCUAUCCUGGCCGCCGCAAACCAGCAGGUCAAUGCCGCCGUCGACGCAGCUAGCGCUCAGGUAUACGGCUCGGAGAAAGGGACGUACGAGAAGGCAACUUCCGCCGCCGCAAAUGCCGCCUCAUCCGUAUCGUCCAAAGCUAGCGAGGCCGUUUACGGCACUCAACCCGCCGCCCUCGAAAAUGCUCAGAAGAGCAUGGAAGACAUUGCGUCCUCAGCUUCCGAAGCCAUCAUGGGUGCCUUGUACGGUAGUACAGACACCGGAUAUACGGCCAGCGCUACUAACGCUGCUGGUAAGGCCUAUGAUAAUGUGAAGGAUAAGGUGCAGCAAGGUCACGAAGCUGUAGAGCAGACCAGGCAGAAAAUUCGCGAGGCGGUUUAUGGGCCUGAGAAAGGUGCUAUGGAGAGUGCGCAAACCAGGUUGUUGGCCGCUAUUGAGAGCGCAAAAGCAAGAGUGAAGGAAUUUGGUGAUGGGGUGGGCAAGACUGUGGAUGAGGCACAGGCGAAGGUUGGUGAGGCGGCUGGUAAGGUGGGGGAGAAGGUGAAAGGGGCUACUUCGAAGGGGAAAGAUGAACUGUGA